AUGCCGGCAUCUAUCCAUUCUAUACUGCUCGGUUCAUGCCUAGCGAUGCUACCAUGGUCUGCCUCAGCUGCACCAACACCAGACCCAGAAGCCCAAAAACUCGCUGAUCCAACAUACGGCCCCAUCCCGGGACAGUCAACUCUCUUCAGCGACUAUAAGGGCAAAGCACCUCCAUUCCCGGGCAAUAUCACCGCGCCGGUCCUCCCUACAGAAUCGGGGAAACCGGGGCCAGAUGACAAAGUCUGGCAAAACCUUUUGGCAGCCGAAUGGGCCAUUUUUAACUUUUAUCAACAAGGUGUUGAAGCCUUCAACACUUCCUCUUUCGUCAAGGCCGGGUUCCCGAACACAACGUACGACCGCAUCACGGAGAUCCGCAACAACGAGGCGGGACACUUGCGUAUCUUCCAGAACCAAAUCUCCAACACAAGUGUCAAGCCGGGGCCAUGCAAGUAUGAAUACCAUUUCGUGGACGCCACGAGCUUCUUGGCGUUGGCCACCUACCUUGAAGUCGCCAGCAUGGCCUUCUUGACCGGUCUGGUUCAGGAGCCCAAGAGCAAGGCCGCGCGCGGCGCCAUGGUGGCUAUCGCGACGGUGGAGUCGAGGCACGAGACUUGGUCGUUGCUGGAUGUCUGGGGCGCAAACCCGUUCUCUGGACCAAGCGAUACGGUGUUUCCCUACGCCAACGAGAUUCUCGAUUUGACAAACGCCUUCAUCAUCCCGGGCAGUUGUCCGUCUGCGAAUCCGACUUACCCCAAUCCUAGUCAGCACCUCCCGGCCAUGUCGACUGUGGCCGGUACAAAGUCCAUUGCCCCGGGAUCUGAUAUUUCGUUCAACUUCACCAAGGCGGCUGAUCAGCCGGUCUUUGACGAGCGAAAGAGCUACUAUGCAGUCUUCUUCCACGCCGUGGGGAACACCAGUGUGCCAGUUGAUGUGUCGGGAUGGAAAUCUGGCGAUGUUGUCAACGCGACCAUCCCGGCCGAGUUUGAGACCAAGGGAAUCAUCAUCGCCGUGUUGGCAGAUUGUCCUGGUGCACCUAAAUUGGCCACGGUUGUGGCUGGACCUAGCAUUUUACUGCAGCAACCAGCACCUAUUGGUUUGCUCUUGGCUUAG